AUGCCACCCGCUACGCUUCCAAACGGUGACAGAAAAGAAGUUGGUCGUGUGUUGCCUGUAAUUGGUAACAAGUUUGGCAUUAUGAACAAUGGCGAAGCAGGCAUUGAUUGUCAGCGAUCAUUGUGGAUCAAGCACAAUAGGGGCAAGUUUUGGGCUGAAUUGAACGAAGCGUCGCGUGUUAAACUGCAUGAGAACAAGUUUCGUUCUUUGGAACACUUGAAGGCGAAACAGCGUUUCGGUAUGCCUUGA